AACAAUGAGCAGUUGUCAACACUGCGAUUAUUUUUUUUACCAAACAAAAAAUAAAAAUAAAGACGUAAAAAAACAGACGUCAAACUGGAGUUUCGGACGUUUAAAAAUUAAGUCUGUCUAUCAAUAAUUAACUGUCACUUUUUAUUUAUUGUUGUUAUCAAUUAGUAGGAAAAGAUAUUUUUUUUUAUUAAAAUGGGUAAUCUUUUAACUACAUGUACGUCAUGUUGCAAAGAAUCAGGUUCCUAUGAGGAUUUAACACCUGAUGAGCAAACAAGAAGGCAACAACAAAUGGAAGCCGCUGAAAGGAGAAUGAGAGAACAAGAGCAACGUGGUAUUGGAAACGUCAACGCAGUAAAACGUCAACAGCAACAAGCACUGGAACGUGAAAAACGUGAGCAAGAAUUAGCUAAUGCUGAUCGAGAUGCGCCAUUGAAGUGGCAAGUUAACUGAAUCAUAUAUAUAUUAUAAAUAAACGACUCGAAACGAGACUGGAUAAUAAACACAUGCAGCAAGUAUACAUAUAUAUACAUAUAAUAAUCGAUUAAGUGUAAAUUAUAUCAUAUGAGUAAGUACUAAAUUAAAAUAUUAAACGGUGGGUUUUAAACCCAUGUUAUUACUACUCGCGAUUGUAUACCAUUAAUUCGUAAUUAUUUAUUUAAUGUCUUCAGUGUACUUGUACAUGAAGCUGAUAAAUUUAAAUACCUCUAAAAAAAAAAGAUUAAUUUCUAGCUGCUGAAUUCCAGUUUUCUUUCGAGUUUUUCGAUAACUUUUCCAUUUUAUAUUUUUUCACAUUUUUUCCCGCAAAAAAAAUCAAACACUUUUAAUUAGUCAAAAAUUAAUUGCUUAUUAUUUUGAGAUCAAUUUUAUCAAAAUAGCACUGCCUUAUAAAUAUUUUUUUCUUGAUAUUUUAAACGAAAAAGAAACUUCUGUGUACUAUCGAUUGCAACUUUUCAUACAAGUAAAAAAUUUUUUUUUGCAUAAUAUAUUUGUACAUAUAUCUAUUUAAGUGAUUAUUGUAGUUUUCACUUGAUAUAUUUUAAUUAAUAAUUAAAGUUAACGAAGAAAGUAUUAA